AAAUAUGUCCAGGAUCUGAUGCAAGAAAACACCGAAAGCAUCUUCGAUAAAAUCGUGAAUAAAUUCGGCCACUUCUACGUCUGUGGGGAUUGCGUUAUGGCUGUAGAGGUGUACGCAACUUUGGGGAAAAUCCUGCAAGACUUGGGUAAAAUGUCUGCUGAAGACGCUGAAGAUUUCCUCUUGACGAUGAAGGAAGAAAACCGGUACCAUGAAGACAUCUUCGGACUCACCUCGCAUGCAAAAAAUCCGUGUCAGGGAGGAGUCUGUGAAGGAAGUCUGAUGAAAUCUUAUGUGCCAAUAUCAUCUGCAGUGAGCAACUCGAAAUCGAAAGCUGACAUGCUUCAAGAAGCGAUAAAAUUUCUGGACGAAUAUUUCGCAAGCGAAAAGAGGUUUUCUCCGCCGUGUGAAAAAAUUUCUAAAAUGUACUUUCCUAUGUUAAGACAUGAUUCUUUUUUGUUUCGUAGCCCUGAUGGAAAAGAUAAUGAAAACAGAAAAAUUCAAGUUCAGAUCGACAUAAAAAACCAUGGGUUCUAUGAUUUGACCGAGGCAGAAUUGGAGUUUGGCGCAAAGUUGGCUUGGCGUAACGCAGCUCGAUGCAUCGGUCGGAUCCAAUGGUCAAAACUCAAGCUUUUCGACUACCGACACGUUAAGACACCAUCUCAGAUGUUCGAGGCUCUUCUCAAUCACGUCAAAUAUGGAAUGAACGACGGUAAUAUUCGGUACGAGUAUUCUCAAGGAUUUUUUUUAAACAAGCCAGUAUUUGAGUGCAAAAAAUUUGAUUACCUUCGCAGAUCAGCCAUAACAGUAUUUCCCCCUCGAAUUGCCGCGAGAGAUGAUUUCAGAAUGUGGAACAAUCAAAUAUUUUCCUUCGCCGGAUACACGAAGACCGACGGAACCAUAAUUGGAGACCCUGUGAACGUGGAAUUCACCCAAGAUGGAAGGGAAAAGGAGGAUGGUUCGACAUCUUGCCUCUGGUUUUCUCGUGUCCAGGACACGAACCAGAAUAUUUCGUCAUCCCUCCGGAACUGGUCAAGACUGUUCGGAUUUCCCACCCAGACGUUUAUCUGUCCGAUCUUCCCCCCGGAACUGAGCAGGUUCGAGUGGUUUACUUCCUUGGGCAUCGAGUGGUACGCACUUCCGGGUGUGUCGAACAUGUUAUUUGACUGCGGCGGGAUCGAGUUUCCUGCAGCUCCAUUUAAUGGCUGGUACAUGUCCACGGAAAUUGCAAUUCGGGAUUUGUGCGAUCCCCAGCGAUACAAUUUGCUCAAGACGAUUGGCGAGAAAAUGGGCCUUGACGUCACCAAUCCGUCGAAUUUCUGGAAAGAUCGAGUUGCUGUUGAAGUGAAUGUUGCUGUCAUGCACAGCUUUCAGGAAAGCGGAGUGACGAUUGUUGAUCAUUACACAGCGGCGGAAUCAUUCAUGAAGCACCUGGAAAACGAAAACCGCUUAAGACGCGGUUGCCCUGCUGACUGGGUUUGGAUUGUUCCACCAAUGUCGGGAUCACUUACACCUGUAUAUCAUCAAGAAAUGGUCAUGUAUCACCUGAAACCCUCUUACGAAUACCAGAUAUACGAAGUAACGGUAGUGAUUUUUAGAUCAACAUCCGAAAAAAAAACCUUUUCAGGCUCCAGCUUGGUGUGUGUACCAGUGGAAACAUUCGCAAGCAAAUGGUUCAACAAAAAAAAGAAGCUUCAAGGCAGUUGCAUGGUCUGUUUUAUCCAACAAUUUCUUCUGCUUUUAGAUAGUAUAAUCCUUUCUUCGACUCGGUCUGCAAGAUUCACAUCGUCUUUAUUUGCCACUGCGCUGAAAGUGCGCAUACCUUUAACAAUUUUGUUCGCGACUGAGACUGGAAAAUCAGCGAAACUCGCAAAUGUCCUCACUGGACUUUUCAGUCACGAAUUUCGAAUUCGAACUAUGGAAAUGGCUGCUUAUGAUUUUGAAGAACUCAAACGUGAAACUCUUGUCAUCUUGGUGUCUUCGACAUUUGGCAACGGAGAUCCACCAGAAAAUGGAAAGGCAUUUGCGAAAAAACUCCGGCAAGCGACUUGUUCACGGGAUGCCAACAACAAUCGCGAAGAGCUCUGGUCAAACCUUCGGUUUGCUGUUUUUGGCGUGGGUUCAACCGCAUACCCGAACUUUGCUGCUUUCGGCAAGUUUCUUGACCACAGCCUCGGAAGUCUUGGAGCACACAGAUUACAUGAAAUCGGUCUCGGUGAUGAGUUAAAGGGACAGGAAAAGGCAUUUUAUUCAUGGAUGAAAGAAAUUUACUUAGCAGUAAUCAAAGAGUUUCACCUCAAGACUUCACUUGGAGCAGAAAUAUUACAUUCCUUGAACGGUUCCAAUGAAGCCGUCUUGGAUCCAAAGAAGCUCCGUUUUCAGUCGACUGACAGAGAAGACGACCUUAUUUCGGCACUCUCACAUUUACACGAAAAGAAGAUCGUGCCAUGCAAGUUACUGGAGAUCAAACAUUUAUGCAAUAUGACAGCAGAUGAGAAUGGAACGAUUUUUGUGCGACUGGCCACGGGACAAAUUCAGGGAGCCAUGAAUUACAAACCUGGAGAUCACAUCGCAGUUUAUCCAAAAAACCAGAAAUUCCUCGUAAAUGGAAUCAUACCAUUUUUGGACGAUUGCCCGAGUCCAGAAACGCCUUUUGAACUGAUGGAAAUGCAAAAGACAAAGCAUUCGAGUUUUGGUGCGAAUGAUGAAUCCGAAAGCUGGAAACGUGUUUCAGGACUUCCGCGGUCAUCAGUGAAAACUUUUCUCACGUGUUACAAAGACAUCACGACUCCACCAAAUCAGGAUUUUCUAGCGAUUUUGGCGAAAUUUUCAAGCAAUGCCGAAGAAAAAGCCCGAUUAGAAAUUCUAUCAAAGGAUGAAAUUCAGUACGAAAAUUGGCGAAACGGGAAAAAUCCGAAUUUGUUGGAAGUGUUGGAAGAAUUCACUUCAGUGAAGCCACCUGCUUCAUUGGUCAUAAAAAUGUUGCCAAAUUUACAACCAAGAUUUUACUCAAUUUCUUCGUCUCAAAAUGUUCAUCCCGGAGAAGUACACUUGACUGUCGGGAUUGUUCAGUACAAAAAAGAAGACAACGGGUUGGUUCGUUUUGGAGUUUGUUCGAAUUUCCUGAAAAAUGCAUCGGUCGGCAAAAUCAUCCCUGCUUUCAUCCGCUCAGCCCCAGGAUUUAAAUUGCCGAUCGAUCGAAAAACACCGAUCAUCAUGAUAGGCUCCGGGACAGGAAUUGCACCAUUCAGAAGUUUCUGGCAACAGAGACAAGCCGAAUUUGCAUCUUCAACAAGAGCUACUACCUCAUCAGACUUUGGUCCCAUGAACCUCUAUUUCGGAUGCCGUUCAAAACGGUCCGCGUUGUACCAAGAAGAAGUCGCAGAUUUGAUGAAAUCCUCGUCGAUUUUAGCAGAGUAUCACUUGGCUUUGUCUCGUGAACCUGGCGAGCAAAAAGUACUGAAAGAAAUCACUGCAGUACUCGCUGUAGAAUCUGAAUAUACUGUUUCGUGUAUUUUUCAGAAAUACGUCCAGAAUUUGCUGAAGAAGAAUGCUACAAAAGUUUUCGCGAGUAUCUGCGAAGGCUCUGGGCAUAUUUUCGUAUGCGGAGGAUUCGCAAUGGCAGAAGACGUCCGAAAGACGCUGCAAAAAAUCUUCAGGCAUCAGGGUCAAAUGUCGAAAACAGAAGCGAGAGGUUAUUUUCAACAAAUGAAGGUGAUUGAUCAGACUUUUAUUCCCGAAAGUCAAGCUCGACAAAACAUUAAGCAACGUUUUCCACUUGAUUUUAAGGAUGAAAAUCGUUACCACGAGGAUAUUUUUGGGAUCGCCAAUCGUAGACUCUGA